UUAUGACCAAAACAGCUGAAAAACCAUACCCUUUGGGGCAGCACAUACCCAUAUAGCCCAUAUAAGGGAGUAGCCCCCGGUAUCCCCUCCCCCGGGACUCACUUUAAUAGCAUUUUUUGACCACCUUAUUUGUAUGAUCUACCAAAAAUGAGUGUUUUGUUUUGUUUUUUUUACAAUUUUCUAAUUUUAUAUUCUUGAUGCUCUAAUGAUAAUGCAUAUUUACUUCUCCCAAAUUUGUAGCCCAACCAUAAAACCAUCGCCCGCACUAUUUCCGUCUCCAGACCCUUCGUUUCUGUUGAGACGAGUGGAUAGGGGCCCAGGGAUAGGAAUGCCCGUACGCUGCGCCGACGCAUGGCAGUGUCACACAAGUCACUUUCUUCGUGUUCGUCACGCAAGCACAUUCACUGGUGCUGGCGGGCUGUACAAUUACUUGGGCACGUUUUUAAACGCAGAGUGUCUCUGUCAUCUAUAAUAUUCCUCCAUCUUGCAGAAGGGAAGUAACUUAAUCGCUGACAAUUCUCUAGCUCUGGGAUGGUGUUGUACCGGCGAAUUGGGAUAUAUGUUGCCACCAUUUACAUUUCAACAUUUGUUCUCGUCCUGCCCUUGUUGUGUCACAAACUUGGCUUCUCAACGUAUUUUAACAAGCCGAAGGAGCCUUACAAAUACCUCGAAGCAGAGAACAAGGAACGAACCGAGGAAGCGAGGAAAUAUUUUAAUAGUCUUUAUAAAUCGACUACGACAUUUCCCCAAUAUGGUGAAAAAGUUCAAAUCGAUUUCUCUAUUGUUCUCUUGACAGCUCACCGUGGUUCGAACACGCAUUAUUCACUUCAAGUCGCCUCUCGUUUACUGCCUCAGGUCAUAAGCGAUGAAGGGAGAAGUGUUUUAACCAUUCUUAAUUCGGAUCCACAGCCUGGAAUGAACGAAGAUGCUGCUUACUUGUCGAACUUUAUUACGGUAGUCAAUAGUUCGUUACCUGUAACGUCCGCUUCGAGGUCACGCGAGAAAGAAGACUAUGUUGUGGGUUUAGAAAUAGGCGUGCGACACAAUUCAACGUACGUUUUAAUGAUCGAGGAUGACGCUUUGCCGUCAGAACGUCUCCUCAGCCAUCUUCGGUAUGUCUUGACAUAUAAAAUGCCUGGGAAGUUCUUGAAAAGUCGACGGGAUUGGGUGUUUCUGAAACUCUACUAUCCCGAGAAAUGGCAGGGUUUUGGUUGGCCCGAAUUACCAGAACUUGUAUUGAUCGGUAUACUCGGCGGAUCUUUAGCUGUGUGGGUUCAAUUGAAAAUGCGAACUACGACACGAAGGAAAGUAUCGCUGUAUUGUACCUUCACUGUAUGGGGAGUCUAUGUCAUUUUGGUUGUUUAUACCGUCGGCAGAGCUCAUUGGAUAGAAUUAAGGAAGCUCUCACCAGUCAUGUACUCAGUUGUCAAGGCUCCUGGCUGCUGCACACCAGGUGUUCUUUAUCCGAGGUCUCAUGCACGCAACCUCGCCAAUUUUUUAAAAUCAGUUCAGUGUAGUGAAAAGUAUCCUAUGGAUGUGGCGAUCGAUGACUUUGCCAACAAAAUGAAUUUGGAGAGGUACUUGGUGAUUCCGAACAUGAUCAGUCACAUUGGUGUUCAUUCAAGUCUUGGUAGCCGAAUGAAACACUUUGCUGAGUUUUAUUUGAUGUUUAAGCCAUGAGUAAGGGAGUAUGCAACAGUUUCGCUGAAUUUCAAAUAAAGUGACAUAUUGUACCUCAGGCUUCUCCCUCUUUCCAAAAAUAAGUCCCUGUUAUGGUAACAUUUCAACAUCCAACAAAGCGCUGAAAUUACAACAUGGAGGAGGUGGAUAGAAUGAUGAUAAAGGACUGACUCGCAUUGCCAUUCCAAAGGGAAUGUAAGGACUUCUAGCAUUUUUGAUGUGAAAAGGUUCGAAAUUUGGAUGGGGACGUCAAUGAAUCCCCUAAAAGAACCACAUAAAUAUUGAAUUAUUAACACAUAUUUGCUUAGCUGAUGUACAUGUAGUGCAUCAGAACUAUUUAAAUGAUAUAAGAACCAUAAUAAGAAGGAUCAUGACCACAGGCAUUAUAAUAAACGCUUAUUUAGAUUGCAUCAUUUGCAUUUCCUUGAUCUACAAUGUGUAGCUGUUGAUCUGAUAUCCUGUAGCUAGAUCUUUUUUUUAUUAUUCCUAAGUAAUUUUCAAUUCAGAAGUAGUUUGGGCAUAUAAUUUCUCCAUCCUCGGAGACCCAGGGGCAGCCAGUUGGGACGAUGCACUAUUUUCAGGUGACACAAUAUUUUCAGGUGAAAGUUUACAUCAAGAGCAGGAGCGGCAGAAAAUAUUGCAUCAUGCCGACUAGCUCCCCCCAAGUCUCCGAGGAUGAUAAUUUGACCUGGCAAUGUUGAUUUAUUAUUUUCUUUUUGUACUGGCCAUAUAUAUGUUAAGCAUAUUGCUUGACUUAUUUGUCUUUUAUCACCACGUGUCUCAUGCUGUUGUAAAGAAACCAUGAUGCAACUGACAGCAUAGGUCUGAACAAGCUACCUGGCACACAUCCCUAUUCCUUGGUGUGUGCAAUCAAAGGAGCUCAAUCACCAUGUUUUGAAUUAUUUUGGCCAGUUGUACAAAGUUACCUUUGAAUUAAACAAAACC